AUGGCAUCUGAGCCGACAAAAUCAUUGAAGUGCGUGGUGACUGGGGACGGCGCUGUUGGGAAGACGUGCCUUCUUAUUUCCUACGUUACGAAUGCAUUUCCCGGCGAGUAUAUACCAACGGUCUUCGAUAAUUACUCCGCCAGUGUGAUGGUGGACAAUAAGCCAAUUUCAUUGGGACUCUGGGACACAGCUGGACAAGAAGACUAUGACCGCUUGCGACCCCUCUCGUAUCCCCAAACCGACGUCUUUUUAAUCUGCUUCUCUGUGGUAUCGCCUCCAAGUUUCGACAACUGGUGGCCCGAAAUUGAACAUCAUGCCCCAGGCGUGCCUAUAAUCCUUGUCGGAACCAAAAUUGAUCUGAAGCAGGACCCUGCCAUCGCCGCCAAUUUGCGUGCGAAACACAUGGAAUUCAUCGAAUUUGACAAGGGGCUUCAGUGUGCAAAAGAGAUUGGAGCGUACAAAUAUGUGGAGUGCUCGGCCCUAACACAACGAAACCUUAAAAGUGUGUUUGAUCAUGCUAUCAAGGCGGUAUUGAACCCGCAGCCGAAGACCAAGGAGAAGAACAAAAUGAAAUGUGUAAUCCUGUGA